AUGCGGAUUGAUCCAAAAUACAGCGAUCUGACCAUUCUAUGUUUGGAUGAAGUCUAUGCUGUGCACAAGUGUAUAGUCUGUACUCGAUCGGACUUUUUUGCUAAGGCUUGUGAUGGUGGAUUUCAGGAAGCCUCUACGGAUGAAAUCAUUUUACAAGAAGAGCCGGCUUUGGUCCGCGAGAUGAUUGAAUAUUUCUACACAUUGGACUACCUAGCUCCUUCUACCCCUGUCUCGGAAGAUGUCUCUGCAAAUGAAGUUGUUCCUUGUCAACAACUAGAGGGGAGAGAGGAUCAAGGAAAUGCUAGUCAACCUGAUGACGCGGCUAGGAAUCCAUCAGCCGCGUUUGAUUCUUUGUCCUUUCACAUUCUGAUGUAUUCCCUCGCAGAUCGAAUGUUUAUCGAAGGCUUAAAGGCUUUAUCAAAUCAAAAAGCUGAACGAGAGCUGAUUGAUAGUUUAGAUGCAAACUCGUUUCCGGGCGCUAUUUUUGAGAUAUAUAACUCCACUCCUGCAGAUGACCGAGGCCUACGAGAUAUGGCGGUGAGAGUGACUAUGGAUCACCUUAGAAAGUUGAGGAGGGGAAAUGAAGAAGUCCCAGUGACUUUUGAGAAUAGUUUGUUGAAAAGCGUUCCGCAAUUUUGCUUUGACUUGCUCGUGGCAAUUAUGGAUAAGGAUAUGUAA